GCUGUACAAACAGGAUGCUGCUCCUCGGACACAUUCAGACAUCAACUGUGUUGCAGCUCUGCAUUCAUUUCUUCAUCGUCUGUGGGUCAUUUUAUUGUUUCUUUACUUUUGGAACCAAACUAACCAUUAAAUAUUUACUCCUGUUACCUUGAGAUACAAUUCAACUGCAGGGUGAAAGGGAGGAACAUUGGAACAACCAAAAGGUAUGAACUGCUGUUAGUUACCAAGGAGGAACCCAUCUGACAAACAACCAGAAGACGAGAGACUCCAUACUGUUUACAGCGUUCAUAAGGGUUUUACUGUAUCAAACCAACGUUCUACAGAUAUCCACCGGAACCAAACUAUUCUGACAAUUAUCUCAGUAGAUUUGACUGACGUUGGAAGAGAUGAGAUCUAUGUUUUCCCACCCUGCCGUCCUGUUCCUGUGGAUUCAGAGUUCUAGUGGAUGGAUGCAUCCUAAAUGCCAGAUUUAUGACAGUAGUGAAGACUUGGAACACUUUCCCACCUGGACCUGCAGCCACAUACCUCAUCAUGCAGAACGUUACACUGCUGCCUGUCAAGAUGUCACAGCCAUCGAGGAGGAUCUACUUGGACUUCCCCCUAAUAUCAAUACCCUCUGCAUAUCUAUGACACAUGGUGAAAAUAGAUCCAUGUCUCUGGGCUUUUUCUCUCAGUUUCAGGAUCUGGAGUACCUGUACAUUAAGGGCUGUUUUACUCAAAUCCUUCCAACUGCAAAUAGUCACCUUCCAAAUCUGCAACAUAUGUACUUAGGUAAAUGGGAAAUGGACUCAGAUUGCUGUGGUUGUCAUAUUGGGCCCCAUACAUUCAGAGAUCUCGUGAAGCUGAGUCAUUUGACUCUUUGGAGUUAUAGACUGUCAGCAAUGUCCCCAGAUGUUUUCCAUGGCAUUCCUCUGUUACAAAGUCUCAUCAUUAGGGAACCCUGUUUAGAAGAUUUGUCAGAGAUAGCAUGCAGAAUUAUGAAUAUUAAGUCACUUGUUAGGUUAUAUGUAGACGCAACAAACAUACGAUCGUUAAACAUUUCAAACUGCUCCGUCUUAAACACCAACGAAAGCAUGACACCUGUUUUUACCAAUCUAGCGUUCUCUGACUUCUCAGUUGGUGAAAUAACACAUAUAGAGGAAGGUUCACUGGCUUGGCUCCAGAACCUCACAAUGUUAACAGGGGCUUUCAGCCAGGAAGUCCUACUGGACCUUCCCCUGUCUGGGAUAAAACAAAUCCAGGUCUUCAGUUGCUCUGGGAUCAAUGUCAUUGAUAUUGAAAGUAUCUGUAAUGUAGUGUUUUUGCUUUCAAUCAAGAAAAUAUUUGUAAACAAUUUCAAUACAAGCAGCCUCUCUAUGUCCAGUGUUGAAUUGUGCACUGGGCUAGAAUAUAUGUAUUUAAGUGUACCUUUGUCUUUCCAUCCUACUACCCAUUUGGAAUGGAAUUUUAUUUCCAGUCUCAAAAACCUUAAUCAAUUAAAAAUAGACGGCCUGGAAGAUAACAGACUUGAUAUUUGCUCCUUCCAAAAACAACCAAUAACAUGGUUAACAAAUCUCACUUUAGGGUUGAAAAAUCAAAUGCUUUUUGCUAAACAAUUUAGCUGUCUUGUUAAGCUGCUGUAUCUGGAUAUAAAACAUAAUUUAAUUUCAAACAUUGAAGACUUUGCUUUCCUGGGAUUGACAAAUCUGGAGUCCUUGGACAUUACAAGAAAUAAGAUAACACAGAUAAAUGCAAACACAUUUUAUGGUUUACAUAGUUUGACAUGGUUAGACCUCAGGAACAAUCCACUUAUUCACAACAUUGAGGCGAUGUCUUUCACACACCUCAUGUCUCUUAGACAAGUGUUUCUCGGGCAAGUGAACAAUCCCCUAACAGAACCUGUGAUCAAGCUGAAUCUGACACUUAUAUUUGGUGGAAUUCUGAGUCAGCUGACUCAUCUGUACAUUAGUUCAGCUAUGAGGCCAAUGCAGUUGACUAUUGGCAGUAACAUCACAUCUAAACAGAACCUGAGUCUCCAGCUCAAAGGCCAGACGGUGUCAUUUCAGGACUGUGACAGACCUUUCUUUCAGUCUGUAACCCAUCUUCAUGCUGAUGCUGAAGAAUUCCUUUGUGGAUCUGAAUUCAUGGGAAAGUACUUCAAGUCUGUGGAGACAUUUGACUACAGAUCGAAGCUUUCAGCUAAAAGGGUUGAUUUAUCAUCAAUUAAUCAGCUGAUUCACCUGAGGAAACUGACUCUACGAGAGGUGGAUCUUUUAAUACAGCGUUCUGCCGACAUCAUUUUUCACAACUUGACUAAACUGGAGGAUCUGGAAAUUUACCACUGCAGGAUUUAUUCUUUAGAGGGGAGUUUAACUAAAGACUUGAAAUCUUUGAAAACGUUGUAUUUGCUUAUAGAGAACAUUUAUAAUGUAUUCUACAGCUUUACUGAACCUCUCUCUAGGCUUAAGCAUUUGACAUUUGAUAAUUUACAGAUGUUUUGCAGUUGUGACAAUGCUUGGCUCAUUACAUGGGCAAAGGGGUGCAGGCAGGUUGAAGUGAUCAUGCUUACUCCGUAUACUAGUCCCGGUAUGUAUGCUUUGGAGGACUUGAUAUGCUUGUCGGACAAUGGAAUAGACACACCUAAUUUUGUCAAGUACACAGAAGCCAACUGCACAACAGAGGCUGGCUUUGUGCUCUUUGUUGCGACUGGCCUGGGAGUCCUGUUCUUCAUGCUGGUGGUGUUGGUCCAUAAUCUGGCCGGCCCCUACCUCCUCCCCCUCUACCACAUCACCCUUGGCUGGCUGUUAGAAGCCAUGCGAUCCAACACCAGGGGGCGCUACCACUACGAUGCGUUUGUCUCCUAUAGCGGGAAGGACGAGCGCUGGGUGGUGGAGGAGCUGCUACCUAAUCUGGAGCAGAGGGGUCCUCCUUUCCUGCGCCUCUGUCUGCACAGCAGGGACUUCCAGCUGGGGAAGGACAUUGUGGAGAACAUCACAGAAAGCCUCUACCGGAGCCGCCACACCCUCUGCCUAGUCAGCCGCCACUACCUGCGCAGUAACUGGUGCUCUCUGGAGAUGAAGCUGGCCACCUACAGGCUGCAGGUGGAGCAAAGGGACAUCCUCCUCCUGGUCUUCCUGGAGAAGAUCCCCCCUCGCCGGCUGUCUGCCCACCACAGGCUGGCUCGCCUGCUGAAAACCAGGACUUAUCUGGACUGGCCCCAGGACCCCCAUCAGCACCAGGCAUUCUGGGACAGACUGUGGGCUAAACUGAAACCUCAGACUGAGCAUGACAUCAGAGGUUGAUGUAGAACCUUGAGACUGAAAUGUGACAUCAGAGGUUGAUGUUGAACCUUGUGGACUGAAAUGUGACAUCAGAGGUUGAUGUAGAACCUUGUGGACUGAAAUGUGACAUCAGAGGUUGAUGUAGAACCUUGUGGACUGAAAUGUGACAUCAGAUGUUGAUGUAGAACCUUGUGGACUGAAAAGUGACAUCAGAGGUUGAUGUAGAACCUUGUGGACUGAAGCAUGAGAUCAGAGGUUGAUGUAGAACCUUGUGGACUGAAAUGUGACAUCAGAUGUUGAUGUAGAACCUUGUGGACUGAAAUGUGACAUCAGAGGUUGAUGUAGAACCUUGUGGACUGAAAUGUGACAUCAGAGGUUGAUGUAGAAACUUGGGUAUAGAAAUUUGAUUUCAGAGGUUGAUGUAGAACCUUGUGGACUGAAAUGUGACAUCAGAGGUUGAUGUAGAACCUUGUGGACUGAAAAGUGACAUCAGAGGUUGAUGUAGAACCUUGUGGACUGAAAAGUGACAUCAGAGGUUGAUGUAGAACCUUGUGGACUGAAAUGUGACAUCAGAUGUUGAUGUAGAACCUUGUGGACUGAAAAGUGACAUCAGAGGUUGAUGUAGAACCUUGUGGACUGAAGCAUGAGAUCAGAGGUUGAUGUAGAACCUUGUGGACUGAAAUGUGACAUCAGAUGUUGAUGUAGAACCUUGUGGACUGAAAUGUGACAUCAGAGGUUGAUGUAGAACCUUGUGGACUGAAAUGUGACAUCAGAGGUUGAUGUAGAACCUUGGGUAUAGAAAUUUGAUUUCAGAGGUUGAUGUAGAACCUUGUGGACUGAAAUGUGACAUCAUAAGUUGAUGUAGAACCUUGUGGACUGAAAUGUGACAUCAGAGGUUGAUGUAGAACCUUGUGGACUGAAAUGUGAUAUCAGAGGUUGAUGUAGAACCUUGUGUUAUUGCAGAUGCAAUGUUGACAUAUGUUGAGCUGUUGAAUUUGUUGUUAAAAGUCCUCCGUACAAAAUGUCUACCGCUGUUUGAAAUUUGUUUUGUCAAUUCCUUUUAAAUGCUCUGUCUGGAGUGUACUUGUUGUGAUUCAUCUGAAAUUACUUUUAAUAGCCUUAUUUAAAUUGCUCAUAAAAAAGCCUAAACAUUUUUUAAAUUCCCAAAAUGUUGUCAGAUCCUAUUUGUAUUUUUAAACACCUAAUUGCUAACACAUAUCUUUGUUUGUAUAUUUGUUGCUAAGAGGAACUGAAAAAGGGUGUGACUACUGUGUACUGCAGUGAAUGACAAAACAUACAUGUCUUAUGACCAUAAAGCAGUUAUUAAUGACAAAACAUGAAUGACCAAUGACCAUGAAG